AUGCGGACGCCGACUGCUUCCAUUCACUCGGGCAUGCGCUACCAUCCUCGCCUCUUCGACAGACAGAGGGAGGGGAAAGAGAUGCUCAAGGAGAGGGGGGAAGCCGUGCCGAGCUACGUCAAGCAUGCGGCGAACAUGCCGCUUGGGGGAGGGGCGGCGGUCUUGACACCAACGAUCGCGAGGCAUAUGUCCUCUGCUGCCAAGUCCCUGGUGACCCCAGCAUGGCGCAACUCCACGGGCCUGACGUCGAAGGACCUGAUGAGCCCCGCAUACUUGAUGGCCCUGGCUAGCCCCCUCUUCCUCGGCAGGGAGGAGGAGGAGGAGGAGGAGGAGGAGGAGGAGGAGGAGGAGGAGGAGAGCGUGAGGGCGCGUCGGCCCAGCCUUCUCUUGACGAGGCUCCAAGGGGUCUGGUCCUCCUUGGGGGUUGGGCUGAGUGUUUACAGCAGGCUCGCUUGCUCCUUCCUCUACAGCCAGGCGCAGCCCCUGAGCGUGCGGGCUGGGGCCUUUGUUAGGGAGCAGGCGACGUCAGCGAUCGUGUCGAUCCAGGCUCUCAACUUCCUCAGCAUCCUCAUGUUCAUCGUCAAGUUUGUCCUGCGCACCUGCGCCUACCUCGUCAGAAACGUCCUGCUCAUCGGCUUCGAAGUCCUGAGCACGUUCCUGGUCGUCGUCAACGACAGCCUGCAGAGCUCAAUGGCCCGUGCAGAAGCGAGCAAAGAGAGGGAGGGAGAAUGGUUCUCCCCUCCUCUCCGCAGCUCCUUCCGGCGCAGUGCUGUAGCCCCGCAGUCGUCGCAUGCUGUCUUGACACGGCCAGUCUCCGAUCGCCCAGGGAACGCUCCUCCUCCUCAGCUCCACCAGCCGGUCUCGCAGACCUGGUCGGCAAGGAGGAGCAGUAGACCUCCGAUGGUGUCGCGUGAGGAGCUUCUGCAGGAGCAGCAGGCGAGAAAAGACGCGGAAAGCAAGAUCCUGGAGCUAGAGAGGGAGAUCUGGCACGCUCGACAGCAAAAUAAGCAGCUGGAGAAGCGGAUCCAGGCCGUAGAGGCCAUUCAGCCUGCAGGCAGGAGGGCGGAGGAGGAGACAGGGCAGCAGGGGAACAAGUCAGACCGAUUCUCUCCCCACACGCUGAGCAUGCCGGAGGGCUCGACAGGAUUGGCAGGGGUGAAGUUGGAGCUGCGGGAGGAGCCGGUAGAGGCUCCUGUGAUGCUGCAGAAGCGCUCCGAUGACGGCGAUCUUCAUGCUCCAUGGACCCUGCCGAUGGCAGGUCCAGCGGAGCAACAGCAACAGCGGGAGCAUCGACAGCCGCUGGAGCAGCAGCGGCGGCAGCAAGGGAAGGAAGGAGACGAGAAAGAGAAAGGGGGCAGACCGACUUGGGCCGUGAAGCUAAAAAUCGACACCUUGCCCAACGUUCCUCUAGCAAAAGUCCAGCAGCCUAGCGAGGAGACGUCGAAGAUUGGCUCGUGGAGGCAGCGAUGGCAGGAGGAGGAGGAGGAGGCGGAGGCGUACAACGGAGUGAUGACAGAUGAGCCGGUUCAAAGAGCUUUCAACAAGCAAGAGGCGGCGGUGGCGCCUCGAGGAGCAAACGGGAGCAAGCGAGUGCUGGAGGGAGGAGGAGCGAAGGAGGAGGCAACGGGGCCCGGGAGGAGGCUGGGUCCUUCCCAGAAGGAGGAAGCCAGUAAGCUGCUCAGCUCCCUUGCCCAGCAGGUGUCGUCCACCAGCGCCAUUCGGCUCGAUCGCAUGCUGAAGCAUUUCGUCGGUCAGAGCUCGUCCAUGGCUGAGAAAGUUCGAUCGCUGUGCCUGCACCUCGGGCUGAGGGUGGAAGAGGAAGAGGCGAAGCGGCUGAUUCUGCUGACUGGAGGUCAGUUGAGACUUCAGUCCUUGUGA